AUGAGUUCAACUUCUCUAAGGAGUACAAUCACAAAUAAAAGAUCUUAUAAACCACCAAUGAAAGGAACAAAAUCGUGUUGUGUUUGCGACGGAACGCAGUUGAAUUCUAGACUUGAAAGAGAUUGCUCCAACUUGUCAUGCUGUGAUCUAGUGAAGUUAAAGGUCAGCAGAGAUCUUCAGGUCAGCCGCAAGGAGUCAAGAGCAAGGUCGGAGGUCGGAGGUCAGAGGUCAGCCAGCAAGAUGACCCUGCGCGCCCUACCCUUCCAGUUCCUCAACCUGGGCGGUGAAAUGAUGUACAUCAUCGACCACAGACUCAGGGCGCAGAACAUCCCUACGGACAGGGCCAAUAAAGGUGAGUUUUGCAUAAGAGCGUGGGUCUAAAAAGAGCUUUAUGACUCACCCCUUUCGGGAAGGUGAGCGCGCCUGAUUAAGUUGGGAGGUCGAUAAGGGUGUGUUUACCGUGGCCGUGUCCCAGUAGGGAGGGUCAUUAGACACACACACACACACACACACACACACACAC